AAUAAAUAUGGCGACUUCGGGGUGACGAAACGUGGCUCAUAAAAAUGCAAUACCUUGCUACUUAUAUCAGGAUGCACAUUGUAUUUUAUAGAACCAAGAAGACAUUUGUAUGACUGUUACUAUUAUCCAUUUGCUGGAAUGGAUGAGGAAGCAUUAAGGGGUUUAAACCCUAUAUCUGAUCCACAACUACAGAGGAGGGCAUUGCAGUACUUUGAACAAUUAAAGUCUUUGGAAAGUGGAUGGAAGUUGUGUGCAGAAGCAUUUGUUAAUGGAUCAUAUCAUGGGAAUGAUCAUGUGAAGUUUUUCUGCUUGCAAGUGAUUGAGCACUAUCUGAAAACAGGAUACAAUCAGGCUAUCCUAGAUGACCACCAGAAUAUUAAGUCUUUUAUUGCAAGAUGUUUACAGUUACAGGGAUCUGAAGGCACUCAAGACAGAAGUUUCAUCAGGAACAAAAUUGCCCAGAUUAUCUCCCUUGCUUUUGUGCAUGAUUACCCACACAGAUGGCCAUCUUUCUUCACAGACUUGUUACAGACAGUAUCACCAAACCACCACUCAAUAGAUAUUUACUUGAGAGUUCUCCUGGCCAUAGACAGUGAUGUUGUAGACAGAGAGAUUGUUCACACACCUGAGGAGUUUCAGAGAAAUACAUUGAUCAAGGAUGCCAUGCGAGAACAAGCUGUUGGACAGUUAGCAGGGACAUGGUAUGAAAUUUUGACAACUUAUGAGACAUCCAACCCAGAAGUUGUUUGUAUGUGCUUAGAUGUCAUUGGAAAGUUUAUUUCGUGGAUUGACAUUAAUCUGAUUGCCAAUGACAAAUUUGUGACAGUUCUGUUAAAUUUCAUGACCUUGACCUUGAUAAGGGAAAGUGCAUGUGAUUGUAUAACAGACAUUCUGAACAAAGGAAUGGAUCCAAUCGUCAAAACAAAGCUUGUGGAGUCUUUUACCAAUGUACUGGAGGAGAGAGGAAUCUUAAGUCCAGUAGAGGAUGAAGAAGGUGAUUUCCUUGCCAAGUUAUCCAAGUUGGUGAAUGCCAUUGGUGUGAACUUAAUACUAGCUUGGCAGAAAUUACUGAAAACAGAAGACAAGGAAAACACUGAAGCUACCUUGCAGGCCUUAGAGAGUAAGGUGCCAUUGAUGUUCCGUUUUCUUAGCGACGAGGAUGAUGAUGUUUCUGGUGCUGUAGCUCAAUUUUCGCAGGAAUAUAUUGCCUUGUUAAAACAGAUGAAACCACUCAGCCAGAAGCAGAGAGAAAAUAUGGAGGGUCUGUUGUACAUUGUUAUAAAAAAGAUGACUUAUGAUGAGUCUUAUGAUUUUGAACAUGAGGGAGAAGAAGAAGCCAUGUUUCAGGAGUACAGAAAACAGUUGAAGACUAUUUUUAACAAUUUAGCUGCUUUAGAUGCUCAGCUAAUAAUAGUAACAGUUCAUAAUAUUUUGACACAGACUUUACCUAACUGGGAAAGGAUGGACCAGUUAGAGACAGAAUUAGCCAUUAGUCUAUUAUAUCAACUAGGAGAAGCAUUGCCGGAAAAAGAAAAUGACAACAGAAAUUUUAUUUUGCAGGCUACACAAGGCCAGCAUUUCAGUGGGGAUCUAACUAAGGCAUCUGUUUUGCAGGAAAUGAUGAGAUUGUUAAUUACAAGUCGUGUGAGUUGCCAGGGUCACAUGUCUGUCAUGUUACAGUUCUUUGAGACUGUAGUGAGAUAUGAUAAAUUCUUUAGUGUAGAACCACAACACAUUCCUGACGUACUAAUGGCUUUCACUGAUGAAAGAGGAUUUCGACAUCGAUCAGCACAAGUUAGAAGUCGUGCAUCAUAUUUAUUUUCCAGAUUUGUUAAAGGUGUAAGGUCUCACAUCCAUAACUAUGUUGAGGAGAUUUUACAGAGAAUUCAAGAUCUACUGGUACUAAAUACACCAGACAAUGGGUACCAGCAUCUUUUGUCAUCUGAUGAUCAGUUGUUUCUUUAUGAAACUGCUGGAAGCUUGAUUGUUUGCAGUAAUCUUCCAAGUGAGAAAAAGCAGACAUUGAUGAAAAAUCUCUUAUCUCCUAUAGCAACAAAAUUUGAAAGUUUAUUAACCAAACUUGUUGCAGAAACUAAUCAAGAAAAGCAACUUGCUUAUGCUCAAAGUAUCAACACUGCCACUGCUCUUGCAAGUCGAGUCAGUAAAGGAUUUUCUAGUCAGCAAACUAUGCAGGUGUGUGGAUGUGUUGAUACGUUUACAGAUCUGUUACGAUUGUUUUUACAAGCUGUUAAUGUGCCAAUACACAGACAAUUAAUUCAUACAGGGGUGCGGCAAUAUUUACAUAGAAUGGUUGUGUGUAUGGAGAAGGAGAUACUUCCUUUCGUUCCUGUUGUUUUAGAGAAUUUAUUGAAGCAGCCUGAUGCAAGGGAAUUACAUGAUUUUCUACCCUUGAUGAAUCAGAUGAUUAUGAAAUUUAAAAGUGCCAUAUCACCAUUUCUACAAGAGGUAUUUAUGCCUUUAGUUAGUACCAUUUAUCAAGUGUUGACAACACCUACUGAUGAAUUGGACCAGGUGACAGCUAAUGAUAAAAAGAUGUUACAGAGGAGUUAUUAUUUAUUUAUAUGUACUAUUGUGUGCAAUGAUGUUCUGGAUGUAUUGAAAAAUCAAGACAUGCAAAACUUAAAUCAGGUGUUAAUUACAUUUAUACAAGGUGCUGUUGAUAUUCCCGACCCUCAGAGUCAGAAAAUGUGCUUUAAUAUACUGAGAAAGCUUGUUGAUUCAUGGGGUGGAAAUGAUGGAAUGGCUGGUUUUGUUGAUUUUAUGUAUAAAAGUAUUAUUCCUGCUUGUUUGAUGGCACCAAUGAAACCUAGCUUUGAUUUAAAUGAUGGACAGACGUCUCUUGCUUUAGGUGAAUGUUCAAAUUGUUUAAGAGAAAUUUAUGGAAAAAGGGGAGAUGAGAUGAUACAAUAUUUACUGUCAGAAUACCUACCUACAUUACAGUUGUCACAACAACAGACAGAGGAGUUUUGCCAAGUUUUAAAAGCUGACAGCAAACUGUUUAGGACAUAUUUUAAGAAUUUCUUUAUGAAAGCCAAGUCAUGACGAAGGAUAAGAACUGACUUUCCUGUCAGUUCAUAAAUUCAUGUAAAUUACAGUAUUGUGCAUAUGUGAGAUAGAGAUAGAGAGAGAGAGAGGCUGGUUGACAUUUGACAUAUUUGGUAAUGAUGAGAUGAGCUAUAAAUAGUCUGUGAUUGUAAAGAUAUUAUACUGAUGACUUGUGAGUGUGACACAAUAUAAUUGUGUAAAUGUUUGAAAAAUUACGUUGAAACUGCAGAAAAUAUUUAAGGAAUAUGAAUGUUAAUUUUAAAAGAAAUGUUUUGUUGUGUCUGUUUUCAUAUCAUAAGAAUGCAUUUGAAUUAUUGACAGACUGCUGUUCAUUACGAAUUACAAAGUCACUACAUUAAGUCACAAAAUAUCAACCAAUUGAUGCAAUGCAAUAUAUGUGUUUAGUGCUUUAAUAACUUGUGCUAUUUUCAGUAAAUUUUACAUUGCAAAAAGUCAAAAUCUCAAAAUGAUUAUUUCAAGUGUAACAUACCAAAUUUUAAAAAGUUCAUUGUAUAUAUUCACAAAUUUAAGAUUUCAAAACAGUUUUAUUCUAUUUUAGUACCAGAAUUUCUUCAUUCUUUCUAUUCAUAUUUCAGUAUGAAGUUGUCAGUAAUAAGUUUUGUUAAAUGGCUACCAAUCAGAAAUGACUGAGAUACGGAACUAAAAAAGUGACUUCAUAUUUCAAACAAUUGUCAUAGACAUAGUCAUAAAACAAGUCUUGUUUCAUUUGAGUUAUAUAAGUUGAUUUUAUAGAUGAGUGACAAUUUUUAAAAUGUUAAAGUCUUGAAAUCCUUCAAUAUAAAUAUGCUAUUUCAGUUUCUGUACUGUUGAAAACUUUUACCAUCUUCAUCAAUUGUUAUAAAUACUGUAGGAAUGCAUACUUAUGAAAAGUUAUCAAUAUAUUGACCUUGUUGUUUAUCAUGUAUCCAUGUUAACAUAUUCGUCAAAAACAUGAUCCGUUGCAUACAAAAUUAAAUUUCUUACAGUACUUAAGGUAACUUCCUUACAAUAGAGAUAGUCAUCAAAUCAGUCUAGUUUUACUUGAGUUAGUUAAGUUAAUCUUUAUAAAGCAAUAUUAAUGCAAGUACAGUACUACACAAUGUGUCUAGUAUAUUAGUCAAUAGAAAAAUAGAUUAAAUGACCGACCUGUAGACCAGCUGUAAAUAUAACAAUAUAAUGGAGUAGUGUUUUUUGUAUGACAAUUUUCAGUCACAAGUCACAAUUUUCUUGAUAUACCAUUAAAAUAUGAUAUAUGUGUUAAUAUUAUCAAUAUUUUUUCUAAAAAAAGCUGCGUAUUAAAUAAAAAAUCUUUUGAAAAUGAUGAAAUUUAUAGCUCCAAAUAUUUGGAAGUGAAAAGUAAUCAUAUUUGUCAUCCUGUAAGCUCCUUAGGUAAUUCUUGACAUGUAACUGUAAAAUUAACUGACAGGGCAGUGUGGCCUAAAAAAGCAAUUGUUUGUCCCCCAAAAUAUUAGUUGUUAAGUUCAGUUUGAGGGAGUGCUAUCAGUUUUAUUUUGAAACCAUGGAAAUUUAAAAAAUGUGACAAAAGUCAUCAACAACUGAAUUAAACAUAUUUGACUAUUUUUGACUAGGUCUGUUUGUUUCAAGGGAAAAUUGGUGAUUAAAUUUUUUUUUUUUCAUGCAGAAUAUUUUUUAGGGGUGGGUUGACCAUUUAGGAGGGCUUUAUAUGAUAGAAUUAUUACAUGAUGAAUACACAUUUAUAUGCUAUUAAAAUUUUCUAAAAUUAAAAAAAAAGAAAUUUAGUUUUAGAUUUAGAUAGAAAACUUAGAACAAACCUAAUUUUUGUACUUUCAUGUGCCAACUAUAAUGAAAAAAGUGCUUAUAUCAUAAAAAAAACCACUUCAUUUAUUUAGUAGAUAUGAAGGAAAAGGAUGAUGUUUAAUAAAAUAACAAAUGAAAUUCCAUGACAUUUUUUGUACUCUACAUGUAAAGUAAGUCUAGUUGUUUGUUAUGGUCUAUUAAGGUUAUGUUUGUACAUUGUAUAUUUGUUGCAAAAAUUUGUAAAUUUGACUCUAAAAGAGCAGACUAGUUGUAAAUGCCUUAUUGUAAAUAAUUUGAGGAGGAUGUGUGUGUAUGAGUGUAAUAUUGAGAGAGAAUAGUUUGUUAUGGCUUAUGUUAUAAACUUUACAAAGGUGCAACAACUUUAUGUUUUCACUGUGAGUUCAUUUAUGAUAUUUGAUAUUAAAAUCCAAGCAUACCAAAGAUUUACAGAGUGAAAAUUCGAUUUAUCAUUACACUAUUACAGAAAUUUAAAAAAAAACGAUGUUUCUUCGACUUUUGGUUAUAUUUACAAAAAUUCUAAAAUGACAGAUGAGAAAAUUCUACAAAAUUCACACAAUAGAACAAAAUACACCUCUUAAAUAUAUAUGGAUCAACAUUAAACUCUGUUUAUAUUCUUCCCGGGUUAGAAAUAAAGGCAAAAUAAUUGUAAAAAGUUUCACAUUUGAAACUUCAUAUUUGAAAAGCACAAGUAUUACUAGGAAUAUAACAGAAAUAUUUAAUAUUUUCCAUGUUUUUGUGACUUUAUUGCAAUUUUUGUUAGAAAAAGUAUACCAUCUCCUUGAAAAAAUGUUUUUUUUUUUACAAAAAUUUAUAAGAUUCUCUCGGCAUCUUUGAAACUCUUCUGUCUUUAACCUCUCUGCUUCGAAUAUUGAAACUCUAGAAGUAGACCGAAUGAUAUUACAUAGAUUAUAUUAUAUGGGAUAUUUUUCAUAAUGCACCUGCUGUUGAAAUAUACCCAGAAACUUUGCUCAAGGCAGUGACAUUGGUGGAGGGUUGAUAUAGAAUGUGAUUUUACAAAAAAAAAAAUGAUCUUGUAUUAUAUUAUAUUUAUCAUUGUUAUUCUAGCCAUUUCUGAUAUCAUAAGAUUCAUCACACUUAUUUGGGCCUGAUUUCAAAGAAAUCAAAUGUACAGAAAAGUCACAUGAAUAAAAUUCAACACAGUAAAACAGUUGUUGCAUCUUUGUACUUGUAAACAUUGGAAAGUUACUUUUGUGAGUAUGUGAAUGUUGAUGGACAAAAUAAUGUGUAAUUUAUUGUUAUUUAAUUCCAAACAAACUUUAAAACAAAUACCAUUGUGGUGCUGCUUAAAAUGUUACAGAUGUUAUUGUUAAUUUAUAUAUGUUUUUGAAUCAUUCUUAUAAAUUUAUGAAAACAUUGGUUAGAACAUAUCAGAUCUAUAAAAUUAUUGACAUUGAAUGUACUGAAAAUAGUCAAGUUAUUGUUUAGAUAAAUGGCCUUAUAUGCAUAACCAGUUGGAGAUUGAUUAAAAUUCUACAAUCAGACUAACAUUUUUGACCAUACUAUGUUUAUAUCGGAUGUUAAUAUUGUCAUGGCCUUUGUAAUGACUGAUAUGCAAUCUGUAGCAGAAUACAAACAUUUAUUAUGUGACUAUGUGUUAUCUUGAUUGAAAAGCAAAAAAUGAUUAUUCGACAGCGUUUUACUUUUAUUUGCAUGAAAUAGGACAUAUGUUUCUGUUUAUAGGUGAGAUUUAAACUAUACCAAAAUGGUGUUGAAGAAUAGUCAUAAAAUUAUAACAUUUUAGAAAAAAAUGCUUCAUUCCCAGCUAUAUCCAUUAAUACUAAGAUUAACUGAAAAGUGAUAUGAAAUUUGUUUUAGGAUUAGAGUUCUUGCUCUGUUACAGUUACUUAUAGCUAUUUUUUCCACGGGUAUUUUCUAAUUUAAGGAUUCAGAACAAGGCUUCCAAAACGGUCAUAUAUGCCGGACAUUUGUAUAAUGUCCGGUAAAAGUCCGGCUUGGCAAAGCAUGAAACGGUCAUCUACUUUUUAGUUUUCAAGGCUUUAAGAGACGGUCAUUUUAACAUAAUUCGCGAUCUUUUUGACCCAACAUUUUGCCUUUAACAGCCACACAUUUCCGGUCAUAAAAGUGACAUGAUCAUUAAGUACUAUCAAAACAACCCCUACUUUAAUACCUUCUCAUUUUAAUCAAGGCUAAUUAGUUGUCAAACAGCUGAAAUUUACCUGUUCAGGUGACAGGUAAACUAUUUUGAACCGGACAUUGAUCGGUCUAUUCAAAGUUAUUUUCUUACAUUUCAGCGGUUUGCAUCUAAUAAAUUUAGUCAAAGAUUUAAAUUAUCAGAAAUACGUUUACAAAUAUGAUUUGAUGAAAAAAUUAAAAAGGUGAAAAUGUAAAAUCGUCAUAACCACAUUGUUUGAACCUAGAGACAUGUCUCUGUUUGAACUAGUACACGUGUGCGCAGGUGUGAAAUUUAAUUAUGCAUCCUAAUUUCUUCAAAAAAUGCUAAAAUUGUCAUUGAUACCUUUAUAUCACGUUUAUUUCGAAUAUUUUCUUGAAGAAAUAACGUAGAAAGAGCUACUUCCACUCAUUCACGCUUUGCAAACGUACACGGAAUUUACGUAUCCGUCUCUGGUCCAUGUUUUACCAUUGUCAAGAUAACAUCCGGUAUAAAAACGAAAGUAAAGUUUUUGACAACGUUAUUUUGCACAAAUAAAGAGUCUUAAGGCAGAUAUAAGUACGCUGAUGUUGCACACCUCGAAUGAUGCACUGCCAAUUUAACAGUUUACGUCAGAACUUCGAAUUUGAAUCAAAGAUAGUUUAAUAUCUUUUUUUUUAAUCAAUCAUUGGGAUGGCCAACUCGGCAACUGAUUACCAUAAUUGCCUUUUGUUUAUUUAGUCUUAAGGGAUUAAAAUCGGGAUAAUAUAUAAAAUGUCCGGCUGGCUAAAAAUAAUUUUGGAAGCCCUGAUUCAGAAUGAGCUCUUUCUUGCAUGCAAUAUUUAAAUAGUCUGUGUUCAUAUUGACUUAUUGGAUGAAAUUAAUCAUACUGGAUAUUUUAGUCUGCUAGAUUGAAAUUUAUUUAUUUAAAACAAUCCCGGCUCAAAUGAAAAAAGAUGAAAAUGUUGACAAUUAUAUAUAGAUAUUAUAUAUCACCUUAUGGUUUUCUUGUAAUGAGCUAUUUGCAAUAAUUUAUAUUAAUUUUCAAGAUUGUAUUUGAUAACAUCUGGCAACUCCAUAUGAAAUAUAUUAAAAUGAAUAACUUUACAGAUUGAAAUUGAGGUAUUGAAAUAAUUGAAAUACAAGAUGGGUAAAAAAAAAUUUAAAGGGUAAUACAAUGUGUUUGUUUCUGGAACAUGGUAACAAUAAUAAAGUAACAUUUUCACAGUACAAUACUGCUUUCAUGAUUGAAAAUAAAACAUUAAAACCUUGA